AUGUACCAAACAGGCCUGAUCUCCGACGGCGAGAAAUUUGUCAAAGACGUCUACGAUGCCCUCUGUGCCUCGCCCCAAUGGGAUGAAACCCUCUUCAUCCUCACCUUCGACGAGACGGGUGGUCUCCACGACCACGUCCCUCCCCCGCUGGCCGUUCGGCCCGAUGACCUCACAUACACCGAGACUGCGCCCAACGGUCCGAACUACACUUUCUCCUUUGACCGUCUCGGUGGCCGUAUCCCCACUCUUCUGAUCUCGCCUUGGGUUGGCAAGGGUUUGGUCGAGCAGAAGGGUAAGGAUUCGAACGGAAAGACUGUGUCUUAUUCAGCUUCUUCCAUUUUGCGCACUUUGGGCUAUCUUUGGGACUUUGAACCAUUUACUCCUCGUGUUGGAGCUUCGGCUUCAUUCGAUCAUCUUGUCUCGCACGGUCAAGCGUGA